AUGAUGGUUUGUUCGUGCUGCAGACGGCUUCACACGCCACCGCUGGAGACCUGGAGCCACGCGCUGGCGAGGUCUACGGAAGAGGGUCCCCGACCUUUCACGAGGACUUUGCUCGCGAGGUAUCAGCCCUCCUCGUCCGUUCCGGAGCGACUGGACGUCGACGCCCCCGGGUUCGACCUGCUGCUGCUCUGCUGGAGACCCGGGGCGGUGUCAGACAUCCACGACCACCCCAAGGCUGCCUGCUGGGUUUUGACAGGGGAGAUCAAGGAGACGCGGUACUCUCUCGCCCCCCCCGCCGACAGGGGAAUCACCAGCGGCGACGGGGACGGCGGGGGGAACAUGGUCCAGACCUCCUCCGUCACCUGCACCCCCGGCGCGGUGACCUACAUCGAGGACUCGAUGGGGCUUCACAAGAUGGAAAACCCGAGCAGCACUGAGGAGUGCAUCUCGCUGCACCUAUACUCGCCUGGGAUACUAGAGUGCACCACCUGGGCGGACGCUUCGUGCGGCAGCAAGCCUGUGAAAGCGCCCAUGUUUCUUGACGGCAACUUCACCAAGAGGCAGAAGAAGCGGAGAUUCGACCUGCAGUAG